UUUCCCGCGUGCAAGCGGUUUUUGUCAACAAACAAAGUGAAAAAGAAAGAUUGUAAAAAAGAGCCUAAAUUGUAUAAAAUCAUGAAAUUGAUGGACUGAAAUUGACUGAUAUGAUUCACUAGUGGUGUUUUUAAGGAUCUUAAACAAUACAGAAUGACAGGAUACCAGAUAGAAACCAAUGGCGAGCUGAAAUACUCGGGGCUAGAGUCUGGCACCACUAACUGGAAACAGGGUACCAUGGUUCUACACUGUAAAGACGGACCAUGGAAACUAGAUCUCUAUAUCAACUGUAACAGGACUGGACCAAUCAAGUCCUACCAGAUUAACAGCAGCUCCGUCAAGAAGACCAUUCUGAAGGAGAAGAAUUACUUCCUAGAACUAAUGUUGAGAAGUGGGGCCUGUAAUAUUUACUUCAGACCAGACAACAGAAGUUACCUGAAGAUGAGAGAGUUAGAUGCUGUGGUGCAAGACAUCAAAAACAAGAAAGUAGAACAGAAACAAACCCCAAGUAAAGAUAGAGGUGUGGUCUCCAGACCAGGUCUGUUAGGAAAUAGCCCCAUGUCACAGAAUGUGAAAACUCCGAAACAAGAAGCUAUACCACAGCAGUUUACAAGUUUUGUUUUCAGCAUGAAGGAACCUCCAUCUAAAAGGGAAGACCACGUGUCACUGUACUGCGAGGAGGAGUAUAAUGAAAAUAACGGGUCAGAGAAGGAGAAUUUUUUGUUCCGUGGUCUAGAGAAGAGUGAUGCUAUAACUAAACAGUCUAGCUCUGUGGACACAAUCCGUACACCCAACUUUUAUAAUUCAUCUAAACACACCUUAUUUCCUGGCUAUUCCUCUGCAAGUGUAGGAUCCUCGAGCAAAAAGCUGGAGCUGAUGCCAGAUCCCACUCCAAGACUCUCCACGGGAGUUAAUUAUUCCUGGUCCAAGAACAAGCUCUCUCUACCCCAGAAAGAUAGCACUCAACUCUCAGGAUUUUCCAACCUUGGCAACACCUGUUACAUGAAUGCUAUUCUCCAGUCUUUGUUUCACUUGGAACCUUUUACAAGAGAUCUAGUCCAAAUAAAUCGUAAAAUCUCACGAAGUCUACCUCAGCAGUCCCUCUAUCAAUCAUUGGUACGGCUUCAUGGCUCCCGAAAGCGGAUUUUGUCAGACAUUUCCAAGAGGGAUUUACUCAGGAAUGUUAAACAAGCAAUAUCCACAAGUGCCAAAAGAUUCUCUGGCUACCAGCAACAUGAUGCCCAUGAAUUUCUGAACCAGGUCUUGGAUCAGUUAAAAGAAGAAGUAGCCAAAGUGAUGAAGUCCACACCCAGUCCAAGCCGCAGUCCAAGGGAGAUAACUGACACUGUAGAUCUCAUUAACCCUACACUGCAGAAUUUUGAAUUUGAAGUCACCCACUCAAUUUCCUGUACAAAUUGUUCAGAAAAAGUGACAAAAGCGGAGCAGUUCUAUGACCUCUCCCUGGAGAUGCCAAGAAAGAGAACUGGAUCUGCACCCUGUACAAUCCAGAAUGCAUUAGACCUGUUCUUCAAGAAGGAAGCCAUCGAGUAUAGAUGUGAAAAAUGUGGCUGCUGUAAAGCCGAGGUUUCUCACAAAUUCACCAGACUACCUAGGGUAUUGAUUUUGCAUCUGAAACGUUACAAUUACAACACCUCGUCCACAGUCCAGUCCAAGAUGUUACAGAACAUAGUGAUUCCUAAGUACCUCAGCCUACAUCACCAUUGUGUGGAGGAUACCAGUAAACCCUACCCCAUCAGCUGGCCCCUCCCCAUCCCAAGUCCGCAGAAAAGCUUGGUUGAAUCCCCUAAAGAAAGCACUCCCAGGCGCAAACUAGACAUGAACAACAGUUUUAAGUUUAAAAAGUCCAGAGUUCUCCCACUUUUUGAUUCUGAUGAGGACAUUUCUUUAAUAAGUUCUCCAAGCAAAAAACAGAAACUAGAAGAUAACCAGGAAAAUUCAGAGAACACGGAGAAGAAGAGAGAACCCUUUAAGACUUUAACCCUAGCUGAUACACAGGAGGAUCCAGACCUGGCUAAGGCCUUAGAGUUGUCCCUACAGGAGGCCAACGAACGGGCACAGCAAGACCAGUAUGGUGAUGAGGUAGAUGGAGGGGGGAUAGAGGAGUCCGACUUCCAGAAAGCCCUGGAGAUGAGUCGACUUGAGUCUGCUCAACCACAGCCUGAUCACGAUUAUGAUUCUGGUCUCAAUGGAAUGUCAGAGGAAGAACAGAUGAGGAUUGCCAUAGAGCAAAGUAUGAGAGAAUUCGAACAGACAAACUACCUACCGGAUCCCGAAGAGGAGGAGGAGAACCAGUACAAGGGAACCAGUGAUAUAGAACAAACUCCGCAAAACAAGGGAGGGGACAUAAUCAAACAGUGCAGUGCUCUAGUGUAUGAGACGUGCUUACAGAAUGGACUGGAAAAUAAUGACAAAAACCGAGAGACCGAGGACUCUAAAGAUAAAACUGAGGAGGACUCUGUGACGUACAGGUCAAAGUAUUUUGUCGCAAAAGAGAAAUGCAAUGUCUGUGAUACAAACAAAGCGGGGAAUUCUUCUAAGGAGGAGGAGUGUAAGUGUAAAACGGACGCUUCUGACUGUAACGGAAAUGACAUCAGCAGUGGCAAGUCUCUAUUGAAUGGGGGGAGUAUAAAGCAAGAAGGCAGCUUUGUCCCUAAACUGAGCACUGCAAGUGAUUUCAAGUCCAUGUUUGAUGAUGAUGACUUUGACCAAGAUGUGUUACUGCUGGAUGAACCCUGGUGCUCCUCGGAGGACAAAGAAAAUAAGAAGCCCUCAUCUCCCGUGGAGGAGGACACCUGUCUGAUUGAGGAGCUCCCGAUCAUUUGUAAUGAGAAAGGAGAUAUGCCUCAGUCCUACCGUCUGGUCAGUGUAGUCAAUCACAUAGGAGCCAGCUCAUUUGUUGGACAUUACAUCAGUGACGUCUUUGAUGCAGAGAAAAGUUGCUGGUACAGCUUUGAUGACUCUCAUGUCUCGAAAACAACAGAAUCAGAAAUUAGGUCAAGUCGACAGAGAAGUGGAUAUAUAUUCUUCUAUCUUAACAAGGACAUUUAUGAAGAUUUGACCCAGCAUUUGGAAUUGACCAAACACAACACUCAAGUUUAAAGUAGAAAUGAUUUGUUUAUAGAUAAUAUAUAUAUAAGUACAUGAGAAGAUGUACUUUAUGUUAUUUAUUUUUUACCAAAUGAAAUGAGUUGAUUUUAAUAAAUUUAUAUAAUUCUCAA